AUGUCUGCCCCACGCUACGCCUACAUCAUCUCCAAGUCAGUAGUGUCCCGCCAUGGCUGCACGAAGAACAUUGGAUCUGCAGCAGUCGUUCGCAUCAACCGCGACGAGAAAGAGAAGGGCAAGACGACACAGGACACGAUCGAGUCGCUCAAGAGAAGAAUUGGGAAAGCUACUGGCUUGAGUUCGUGA